CUCUUCGUGAUGGCUGUUCUCAGUCCUUUCUGUCUAUGAGAUCAUUGAUUCAGGUAAGCGCGAUCGAUUGACUUGAUCUGCAUCAACAGCAGUCAUCACAUCAUUCUUAUCGCGUAUUACAUUCUGUAAAACAAUAGGAUAUCUGUUUUUUUGAUUCCGUUUGAGAUGGCUUUUCACUGUCAGAGAGAUUGUUAUGCCACUGAGUUACUGACAGAAGUGGUAUCGUGCAGUCCUGGCAAUCUCAAAACUGAAUGUGGGGGCAAGAAGGAGGUCUUGUGUGGAUUUAAUGUUUUACUGAAAGACACUGUUCUUUUCCCUGAAGGAGGCGGGCAGCCUGAUGACAGAGGCUUCAUCAAUGAAAUACCUGUCCUUCGUAUCACCCGACUGGGUCCAGAUGCAGUACAUUUCAUAUCUACUCCUCUGGAAAUUGGUGCCCAGGUGCUAGUAAAGGUAGAUUGGGAACGAAGAUUUGACCAUAUGCAGCAACACUCAGGUCAACACCUUGUCACAGCCAUUGCCGACUCGCUUUAUGGAUACAAGACAACUUCAUGGGAACUGGGACGCCAGCGCAGUUUUAUUGAGUUGGACACUCCGGUUGUGACAGUGGAACAAAUUGAUGUUAUUGAAAAACUUGUGAAUCAAAAGAUCAGAGAGCGUGUUCCUGUUGUUGUGAGGUUAAUUACCACAGAUGAUCCAGAAUUUGAUAUGGUUAGAAGCCGUGGUUUGCCAGAUGACCAUGCUGGUCCUGUUAGAAUAAUUGACAUUCAAGGAGUUGAUGCCAACAUGUGUUGUGGUACACAUGUGUCGAAUCUGAGUGACUUACAGAUGAUUAAGAUUCUUGGUACAGAGAAAGGCAAGAAGAACAAGACCAAUCUAUUUUUUCUAGCAGGAGAGAGAGUUCUGAAAUUUGCUGCUAGAAGCUUCAGUGUGGAGAAGUCAUUAACUUCUCUUUUAAAGAAUGGCCCUGAAGAACACAUAGAAGCUGUGGAAAAAUUACAGAAAACUGUUAAAGUACUCCAAAAGAACAAUUUAACAUUACUACGGGAUCUUGCUGUUCUCACGGCCCAAACCUUUAAAUCUAGUGCAGAUCGAGACAAACUAUUCACUUUACACAGAAAAGAUGGGGACAAUGAAUUUAUGAAUAUUGUUGCCAAUGAACUGGGGACGGAGGACAUUCUGGUAUUCUUAACUGUUGGUGAUGAAAAAGCCUCAGGAUUAUUCCUUUUAUCAGGAGCAGCAGAUGUUGUCGAGCAGUUAGGUCCAAGGGUUUCUGAACUUCUUGAUGGCAAAGGAGCUGGGAAAAAGGGCCGUUUCCAAGGCAAAGCCAAUAAGAUGAGCCAAAGGGGAAAUGUUGAAAUUCUGCUUAGGGAGUUCAUCAAUAAAAAAAUAGAAGAAUGAUAGAGAAUUUCUCUCAAGAUCACAACAGAAUUAUGCACACAGGUGAAGUUAUAGGAUUUAUCUAUGCCUUGGCAUGAUGUUAGCUAUUUUCCUUAAUU